CCAUAUAACACAUCCGAGGACAACAUGAGGAAACUCCUGCCAUGUAUAUUGAUAUUAUUGAUCGUGGGCGUUGUGACGGGGCAGCGCAGUGUCAGCAACAAAAGGGAUUGUUCUAAAAAUGAAUACUGGAGUGACGGGCUCUGCUGUGACAAAUGUGCUCCAGGCUAUAAGUUGAUAAAGAAAUGCUCUAGUGGCAUGCAAUCUGAAUGUGAGAAAUGUUCAGACGGGACGUACCAAGACAGCAUGAACUAUUUCCCAAACUGCUUCAGAUGCCAGAAAUGCAGCAAGCGUCAUGCAGUGGUGAUUUCACCAUGUACAAACCAAAAUAACACAGUUUGUGGAUGUCAGCCAGGACACCGCAUGCGGUUCUUAGAUGGGUUCUCAGAUUCAUCCAGGAUUUCAUGGGAUUGUGUGCCCUUGAAAAGGACUAAAAUCCAGACAUUGCUACAUGUCAGAGGGAUGGUCACCAUGUCUAGUACUGACCACGUUGGACUGACCCACUGUAAGUUUCUCCUGGUGUUCGCAGUCCUCAUGGAUCUUUUCGGUGUUUCUAUCCUCUUGAUCGGCAUCUUCGUCCCGCUUGAAAUAGGUGGUCGUGACUUUGGUGAUCUGUUGGUGUAUUCUGGAGCUCUGCUGGUGUUGAUGUCUAUGGGGGCUUGGGUCAUGUGGUACAGUGGGAAUAUUGAUGGUUUAAUAUCAGAGAAGGAGCUGACAGACAAACACACUGUUGUGGAGCGGUUCGCUCGCAGCCUCAGUCGCCGCAUACGGAGACCCCACCGCGACCACCGCACAUCCUGACCCCUGGGCAUGGCAGAGAGCACAUACACAGGGCUGGGAUACCAACAUUUAGGCUAAAAUCUCAGUUGGAAGAGGAGGAAAAGAAUCUGAAGGUUGACAGAUUUGUUACAAUGUGGUGUUUCCAAUUACUACUACCACGAAAUUAGUCAUUUUAUAGAAUCUGUACUGUAGUGCAACUCUCAUUGUAGAAAAAAUGAUGAAAAUGUGUAUAUUUUUGUAUACUA